GUCUCCCGACGCUACUGCCGUUCCCGCCGCCGCCAGACAAACGCCCGCCCCAAAAUGCCCAACUUUUCCGGCAACUGGAAGAUGAAGAGCUCGGAGAACUUCGAGGAGCUGCUGAAGGCUUUGGGCGUCAAUGUCAUGCUCCGCAAGAUCGCUGUGGCUGCCGCCUCAAAGCCGGCCGUGGAGAUCAAGCAGGACGGGGAGUCUUUCUACAUCAAGACCUCAACCACCGUCCGCACCACCGAGAUCAGCUUCAAGAUUGGGGAAGAGUUCGAGGAGCAGACGGUGGACGGGAGGCCCUGCAAGAGUUUGGCCAAGUGGGAAAGCGACAACAAGAUGGUCUGUGAGCAGCGAUUGCUGAAAGGCGAUGGCCCCAAGACAGGCUGGUCCAGGGAGAUGACCAACGAUGGGGAGCUCAUUCUGACCAUGAUGGCCGACGAUGUCGUCUGCACAAGGAUUUACAUCCGGGAGUGAGCGAGGCCUGCUUGUGGGGUGGCGGUUGGAUUUGGGGAGGCUGGGGCAGCAGGGUCCAAUGGGCAGGGAUCUUCCACUCUGGGUCACGGCAGCCCACCCACCCCCCUGUGCCUGCCCUCCCCGUCACCCUUUCGCUCUCUGCCCAUGCUCAGAGGGUGCUACAUGCAGAAAGACUUCCGCAGAGCAGCUGGCUCUUCAUCACAUUCCCUCCAGCCUGAGAGGAGGAAAGGGGUGGGG